AUGCCGUCCACCGCCGCCGCUCGAGCCGUUCCGGCCCGCUGCGACCUCCUCAUGCUAGGCAUCGAGACCAGCUGCGACGACACUGCGGCUGCUGUGGUGAGAGGUGACGGCGAGAUCCUUAGCCAAGUGGUUUCUUCCCAAGCGGAUUUGCUUGCGAGGUAUGGUGGUGUUGCUCCUAAGAUGGCCGAGGAAGCACAUGCCCUUGUGAUUGACCAGGUUGUUCAAAAGGCCCUUGACGAUGCAAAAUUGUCAGAAAGUGAUCUUUCUGCAGUCGCUGUGACCAUUGGACCGGGACUUAGUCUAUGCCUUAGAGUUGGUGUUCAUAAAGCUAGACAGGUAGCGAAAGCAUUUGGGUUGCCUAUUGUUGGAGUUCAUCAUAUGGAAGCGCAUGCAUUAGUUUCCAGGCUAGUGAAUAAGGACCUUGAUUUCCCAUUUCUGGCUCUUCUAAUUUCAGGAGGACACAAUCUUCUUGUUCUUGCUCGUGGCCUUGGGCAAUACAUUCAACUGGGGACUACUAUAGAUGAUGCGAUUGGUGAGGCAUAUGACAAAUCAGCAAGAUGGUUGGGCCUUGAUAUGCGGAAAGGUGGUGGUCCUGCUCUUGAAGAGCUUGCUCUAGAAGGUGAUCCAAAUGCUGUUAAGUUCAGAGUUCCAAUGCGGCAACACAAAGAUUGCAAUUUUUCUUAUGCUGGCCUGAAGACUCAAGUUCGAUUGGCAAUUGAAUCUAAGAACUUAUGUACAGAGGAUGUUCCCAUUUCGUCUGCAUCGGAGGAAGACAGACAAUCAAGGGCGAACAUUGCUGCCUCUUUUCAGCGAGUUGCUGUGUUACAUUUGGAAGAAAGAUGCCAUCGAGCAGUUGAAUGGGCAUUGAAGAUGGAACCUUCCAUCAAAUACUUUGUUGUUUCAGGAGGAGUCGCAUCCAACAAGUAUGUUAGGACUCGCUUGAAUCAAGUUGCUGAGAAUAAUGGCCUACAACUUGUAUCUCCUCCUCCAAGCCUUUGUACUGACAAUGGCGUCAUGAUUGCUUGGACUGGGAUUGAGCACUUCGUUGUGGGGAGAUUUGAGGAUCCACCUACUGAUGAUGAGCCUGAUGAUAUGCAGACACGAAUUGAGAGCAGUUCCAGUCUGAGUGCUGGAAGAGCAAUCGCAUCCUACCCCGUGCUCAUUCGAUUCUCCGGGAGACCAGGACCUGCAAAUGAGGACGCCACACAAGGGCCAACUAAAAAGCAGCUCCAGCAGUAG